AUGGCGACCCUGGAGGCUGUAUGGCGACCCUGGGGGCUGUAUGGCAACUCUGGGGAGGCUGUAUGGCGACCCUGGAGGCUGUAUGGCGACCCUGGGGGAGGGAGCGCCGUCAGGGAGCGCCGUCAGGGAGCGCCGUCAGGGAGCGCCGUCAGGGAGCGCCGUCAGAGAGCGCCGUCAGGGAGCGCCGUCAGGGAGCGCCGUCAGAGAGCGCCGUCAGGGAGCGCCGUCAGGGAGCGCCGUCAGGGAGCGCCGUCAGAGAGCGCCGUCAGGGAGCGCCGUCAGAGGGCGCCGUCAGAGAGCGCCGUCAGAGAGCGCCGUCAGGGAGCGCCGUCAGGGAGCGCCGUCAGGGAGCGCCGGCAGGGAGCGCCGUCAGAGAGCGCCGUCAGGGAGCGCCGUCAGAGGGCGCCGUCAGAGAGCGCCGUCAGAGAGCGCCGUCAGGGAGCGCCGUCAGGGAGCGCCGUCAGGGAGCGCCGUCAGAGGGCGCCGUCAGAGAGCGCCGUCAGAGAGCGCCGUCAGAGGGCGCCGUCAGGGAGCGCCGUCAGAGAGCGCCGUCAGAGAGCGCCGUCAGGGAGCGCCGUCAGAGGGCGCCGUCAGAGAGCGCCGUCAGAGAGCGCCGUCAGGGAGCGCCGUCAGGGAGCGCCGUCAGGGAGCGCCGUCAGGGAGCGCCGUCAGAGGGCGCCGUCAGAGAGCGCCGUCAGAGAGCGCCGUCAGAGGGCGCCGUCAGAGAGCGCCGUCAGAGAGCGCCGUCAGAGAGCGCCGUCAGGGAGCGCCGUCAGGGAGCGCCGUCAGAGGGCGCCGUCAGAGGGCGCCGUCAGAGAGCGCCGUCAGGGAGCGCCGUCAGAGGGCGCCGUCAGGGAGCGCCGUCAGGGAGCGCCGUCAGAGGGCGCCGUCAGAGAGCGCCGUCAGAGAGCGCCGUCAGAGGGCGCCGUCAGAGAGCGCCGUCAGAGAGCGCCGUCAGAGAGCGCCGUCAGGGAGCGCUGUCAGGGAGCGCCGUCAGAGAGCGCCGUCAGAGAGCGCCGUCACAGCACAUCUCUCUCACCUCACAUAUACAAAACAUCAACCAUUACACCUUGGCUAUAA